AUGAAUAAUUAACAAACAAUUUCAAAUAACUCCAAGUAAGAACAAUAACCAGAAGAGGAAUCUUAUGAUGAAGAAGAUGACGAGGACUUAUAAGAGUACACUCAAUCGAGUAAUCUAAAAUAGUUGUUCAAUAACUAAGGUAAAUUCAAAAUGAUAGAAAUCCUAGAUUCCUUCAUGCAGCAAAUUCAUCUUCUGAAUGAAUAGGCCACUGCUAAAAUUAAACAACAAAAACACAAAGAGGCAUUGAAAUUAUUGCAACAAUCCGAACAGAUGCUUGAAGUAUCACCAAUUUACAUACUUUUAGUUUGCUGCCAGCUGUGGUAGAGUAAUUGAUAGGAACUUAAUCAUUAUUAUCCUGUACAACCAAGCAUGUGCUUAUUAGUGGUAUCCUUCGCUUUCUCAUUUUUAGUCAAUGGAUCCUUGAUAAAUGUUCUAAGUACCUGGAUGGAGUGAUCUACAAUAUGGAAAUUGGCAUCAAAGAAGAUGAGCAGGAUUUGCAAACUCUUGCCAAUGUGCAGGAGAAACAAGCCUAACUCAUCAAGAGAUAGGCCUUUUUGGUUAAAGCCUAUUUACAAUAUACUGCAAUACUGAGUCAAUUAGGAAAGUAAUUUAGCAUUUAUACAUAGACAUAAGUAAGCUUUGAUUAAUUCUCAAAAAGCAGCUCAAACCAUGAGAGAGUUAUUUAAGAUAGCCAAUUCUUUCUAUCAAUAGUGGCUCUAGGUUAAUGGCUCCCAAGAAACUGCUACGACCUCCCAAUCUAUAGUGUCAAUGAGAAGUAUGUCACACAUCCUUAUUUUCUAGAUGACUCAUCUCACAAUCUGGAUAAAAAGAAGAAGGGCUAAACUUAUCAACUCAAAGAUGAAAUUGAAUUUGGUAGACUUGUCAUUGACAGUGCCUCAGAUGUAUUGAAGGACAUGAUUAAGCAAGAAGACUUAUCCUCUAUUCGAAUCGAUUAGAAACAAUUACUCAGAGAAACAAAACGAUAACUGUACAAUUGGAGAAACAACCCAGAGAAUAAUGAAAAGUCAGUCAGAAAAGAAUUAAAGUUAGUCACUUAGAAUGAAGAAUAUCGAUCUUUGUUGGGUAUUCAAAACUUGGCUGAUUGGAUCAAGAACUUUAAUAUUGGGUCCAUUAUGCACAUGGCUCCUUAAAUUUAUGAGGAUUUCACUUAAUUUGGAGAAAUGAUUUUUGAAUUGGCUAAACGAUAACUAUUGGAAAAGGUCAUCUAUCUAUCAAUCUCUUACUUCACUAUUGCAACUGAAUUGAGGUUUGUUGAAUUAGAAAAGGCUAAACAACAUGGGGUUAAAGAUGAUAAAAUAGACACUGAAGAAUUCAAACUCAGUGAACUAUACCAUCUUAAAUCAAUCGAAAUAGCAUGUAGACACAUCGCUUUUCAAUCACCAUACAUAUCUCACUUAAUUACAAGUUACCAUAAACAUUACAAUAUUAAUCUAGAUGUUAUCAGAGAAGAAUCCUUGCAAUCGAAUGCCUCUGAAAAAAUAAUAGAAGAGCAAGAACAGUCAAAAGUUAAAGGCAAAAUGUUGCAAAUAUAAAUCAAUAAAGAACUUCCCCAUUCCAAAUUUGAAAAACAAGAUCAAUCUCCCAAACUCACUGGCAAUUUCAUUAAGUCAUUUCUUAAUUCCAGAUCACCUCCCAAAUAGACACAACAAUAAUCAGUUAAAAAUCUUAUUGGUGAUACAGUCAAAAUUCAAACCAAUCUCUUAGAAUAAAUGAUUAAUAAAAAAAGAGGUUCUGAUUCCUCACCCACUAAUUAGAGAAACCUAGCCAAAUAGUAGAACUAAGCAGAUUUUGAUUUCAGUGUCUAUUUAAAAAAGUAAUCCAACCCAUGCAACACCAGUAAUCUAAAUACAGAUACCACCUCGGAUAUCAUCAACAGUGUCAUGACUUUUCAAUUGCAGCCAUACAAGAAUAACAAUAUCAAAUGCAAUCUAACUAAUAUGAUUAAACAACAAAGCCCAACCAAUAAUAACAAUACAUAAUUAAAGUCCUUGCUGUCAGAUGCCUGCAGAACUGAGAGAUAAGUAAUGACUGAAUAAUAGAAUUCUUACACGCCUAUUAGUUAUAGAGUUAAUAAUAGAUCUCCUGAUUCAUCCUAUCUCAAUGCCUAAAAGUAGCGAUAGUAGCAAUUGCAUCAAAACAAAACUCCACAAAAUAGACCAAGAACUAACACUGAACAACAAUAUCCGUAGCCCUGUAUCUAAUCAUAUAUAUAUAAUAUAGCUUUCCCGUUAAAAUUAGAAACCAUUCAGUAGUUAUUAAGAAGCAAAGCAAUUAAUAAUCAGAAAAUCAAAUGA